UCUCCAAACACCAAAUUGCCACGCCCCCCAAAAAUUCUUGAUUCUUGUCUUGAUUCUUUGUUGCCGAUGCCAGCAGGCUGUUAUUUUUGCAGUGUAAAUACCGCAUAAACUUCACAGAAAUUUUCUGUCCCAUCAACUAUGGCAGCCUUUGAAGAGAUGGGCGUUCUGCCUGAAAUCUCUAAGGCUGUAGAAGAAAUGGGAUGGAAUUUGCCAACAGACGUUCAGGCCGAAGCCAUUCCUCUCAUCCUAGGCGGAGGCGAUGUCUUGAUGGCUGCCGAAACUGGCAGUGGCAAAACUGGAGCAUUCUGCCUGCCAAUCGCCCAAAUUGUCUGGGAAACCCUGCGAGAUGAGCGGGAACCUAAAAAGGGCCAUGCUCACAGCGCUGCUGUUCGACCUUGGGUCCUCAGUUCAAAGGAUAGAUCUGAAAACCUGGCUGUGACUCCCGACGGCCUGCGGUGCCAGUCCAGAGAACAAAAAGUCUGGCAAGGCAGCAGAGCCACAACAGGAGUUUACGGCAGUGGUCGCUACUACUUUGAAGCGACCGUAAUGGAUGAAGGGUUGUGCCGUGUUGGUUGGUCAACUGAAGCUGCCAAAUUGGAUCUUGGUACUGAUAUGUAUGGAUUUGGCUUCGGGGGCACUGGAAAAAAAUCAAAUAACAGCCAAUUCGACAAUUACGGAACUGCCUUUGGGAAGAAUGACAUCAUUGGAUGUUGGAUUGAUUUUGAUAACCUCACAAUUGGAUUUUCUAAGAAUGGAGAGGACUUUGGAGUUGCAUUUAAAAUAUCAGGGCACAUCGUAAAAUCGUCCACUUUCUUCCCAGCAGUUGUGCUGAAAAAUGCAGAGAUGAGCUUUAAUUUUGGGACGAGCCCUCUCAAGCAUCUGAAAAGUGGAUUUACUCCAGCUAGUCAGGCAAAGUCUUGUCGAGAUAAUUCCAAUGAGUCUGGUGUUGUCAAGCUGGCCAAAAGGCAGAAUCAUGAACCAUUGGCUCUGGUUUUAGAGCCAUCCAGAGAAUUAGCUGAGCAAACCAAGCGCCAGCUUGAACUUUUCACCAAGAAAUUAGCAAGCCCCAGUAUUUCUACUGUCCUGGUGGUAGGUGGCUAUUCUCCCAAGGCUCAGCUGGACGAAAUCAAUUGUGGGGUUGAUAUUUUGGUGGCAACCCCAGGCCGGCUCGAAGACUUUAUUAUGAAUGGGCAAGUUGGUCUAUCUCACUGCCGAUUCUUUGUUCUCGACGAAGCUGACGGCUUGCUGAAACAGGGUCAGGCGAGGAACUUGGACAACAUGCACACGCAAAUCCCAAAGAUGACAUCCGAUGGAAGGCGUUUGCAAAUGAUUGUCUGCUCUGCCACUUUGCACGACUUUGACGUAAAGAAGCUGGCAGACCGACUCAUGCAUUUUCCAACUUGGGUAGACCUGAAAGGAGAAGAUUCUGUUCCUGACACAGUUCAUCAUGUUGUGGUCAAAGUUGACCCCAAAACAGAUCAGUCUUGGCAGAAUUCCGGCCCUCACAUCACAACGGACGGAGUUCAUUACGCAAAGAAUAACAACGAAGAUGAAAUUUGGUCCGAACGAGUGAAGACGCUGAAAGGGCUCUACUGUGUGAAUGCCAUUGAAAGUCUAAAAAUGAAUCGAGCCAUCAUCUUCUGCCGAACUAAGCUUGAUUGCGACAACCUGGAAAACUAUUUGAAUUUGAGGGGAAAGAAAGCUCCUAGUGAUAAUCUGUCUAAGGCGCCUCCAUUUUCUUGCGUCUGUCUACACUCCGACCGCAAUGCAGAGGAGAGGAACUCAAACCUGCAGGCGUUCAAGGAUGAGAAGGUUCGCUUUUUGAUUUGCACUGACGUUGCUGCUAGAGGAAUUGAUAUAAGAGGACUGCCAUUUAUGAUCAACAUGACUCUGCCUGAUGACAAAACAAACUAUGUACAUCGCAUUGGUAGGGUUGGCCGAGCAGAGCGAAUGGGUCUUGCAGUGUCCUUGGUCGCCACCUGCAGAGAAAAGGUCUGGUUCCAUGGGCAGUGGUGCAAAAAGAGAGGAAAAAACUGCUACGACACCAAUAAGUGCUGCAUUUGGCAAGACGAGAUGCAGUAUCUGGGAGAUAUUGAGGAUCACCUGAAACUAACUAUUCCCCAAGUGGACAAAGAAAUGAAUGUGCCUAUGAAUGAAUUUGAUGGGAAAGUUACUUAUGGAGAGAAAAGAGUAAACAAAGGAACUGGAUACAAAGAUCACGUAGCAAUGAUGGCGCCUGCUGUCCAAGAACUGGCAUAUUUGGAACGGCAAGCUCAAAUUAUGUUCCUUAAUAGUCACAAAGUGAAGGCUAAGUAGAAUACAAAGUAUGAUGUAGUCAACUUCUCUUGAUUUUCCUAUUGCAAAUUAGUACUGUGAAACUGAUAAAACCAUUAAAAACAUAUAAUUAUUGGUUUCUUCCAAAAAAUUACAAAUUAAAUCUUUUUCUAAGUUUUGAACUCUUUAUUUUAUU